ACAAGCUUCUUCAUUAACACUCAACACUUUCACACAGACCUCAUAAAUGGAUUGCAAAGUUGCAGUGCACUGCGCAAUUGCAGCGGUCCUCGGAAUAAUAGCUGCAGCCACCGGUUUUGCGGGGGAAGUAACUAGGGUUAAGGCUUGUGAAGUCAUUAUCAAGGAUUAUUCGUGUGUUUAUCCAAGUAGUCCAGCGCUUGUACUUGGAAUCGUAUCAGCGGUGUUCACCAUUAUUACACGAAUAUACAUGCGUGUUUCGUUUGAUGGAUCUCGCUGUUGUCGAAGAGACCCUAAUUCGACCUCAAUUUCAAAACUUCUUUUUGUAUUGUCAUGGGUAGCUUCAGUUAUAGCUGUGAUAGUAUUAGUUACAGCUACAGGACUAAAUACUAGACACCACGGAGAGACUAAUUCAUAUGGUGUAAUUACAUGUUAUGUUGUGAAGCCAGGAAUAUUUGCAACAGGAGCUACAUUAGCUCUGUUAAGUGCAGUUUUCGGGAUUGCUGGGUAUCUAAUAACAAUAUCUUCAGCAAAACAAGCCGCUACUGGUCCUACAGGUCCCCGGUGUUGAUCUCGAGAAAUAUCCUCAGCAAUACCCUCCUCAGCAGUACCCUCCUCAGCAAUACCCUCAACAACAAUAGAAAAAAAAAAUGGCCAAUCCAUCACACGAUCAGUUUACACACUUUUUUGAUCGUUUGCUUAUAUUCAUGAGUAGAUCGUAUAUAUAUGAAACUAUGGUGCAGAGAAAGAAGAUUUACAAAAGUUGUUAGUUUAAAGAUAUUUACUUUUUAUGGGUGUGUUUGCAAUUUGGAGUUUCUCGGAUGUUUUAUCUCAGUUACUAUGUUUCAGUUCCCUAAAAGUUUGAAGUGUAAUUUAUAGUUCAAAUUUCUGUCCUUCAGUUCUUCCAAUUUAUGAAAGUCAUCGAUUUUUAGAAUAUUUAUUGGAUCGAGAAAUAAUAUAUAUGAAGCCGUACUUUCAUUUUAUCCCAAUGUAUAUCUUUUUUCAUACUUUUCUAAAC